AUGGCACGAACCAAGCAGACUGCUCGCAAGUCUACUGGCGGUAAAGCCCCCAGGAAGCAGCUGGCUACCAAGGCCGUCCGUAAGAGCGCCCCGGCCACCGGAGGCGUCAAGAAGCCCCACCGUUAUAGGCCUGGUACCGUGGCUCUGCGAGAGAUCCGCCAUUACCAGAAAUCCACCGAGCUGCUGAUCCGCAAGCUGCCCUUCCAGCGCCUGGUCCGCGAGAUCGCUCAGGACUUCAAGACCGACCUGCGCUUCCAGAGACAUCCAGCUGGCUCGCUGCAUCCGCGGAGAGAGAGCUUAAACUGCACGCUCUCCUACCAACAACGGCUCUUUUCAGAGCCACCUCACUCACACCAAGAGCUCGCUCCUUUAUUCUUAUUCUUAGUAUAG